AGUAGAUUUUCAGAAAGGGGCUCGGUAGUGCCGAGCCCACAUCCGGGAGAGAAGAAGAGAGCGGAAGUGGCGUUGGUCUGGCCGGAGCCCUUGGGUGAAUUUGUUAGGCGUGGAGAGGGAGUGAUGUCUUCCAGACUCGGUGCAGUUCCCGCUACUCCGGGACCCACCUCCUUUAAGCAGCAGAGGAGCACGAGGAUCGUGGGCGCUAAGAAUAGCAGGACCCAGUGCUCCAUAAAGGAUAAUAGUUUCCAGUACACCAUACCUCAUGAUGACUCCUUAAGUGGCUCAUCAUCUGCCUCUUCAUGUGAACAUGUGAGCGAUGUUCCAGCAUCCUUCCGAAAAUCUACCUACUGGAUGAAGAUGAGAAGAGUCAAACCUGCUGCUACUUCGCAUAUUGAAGGAUCAGGUGGAGUAUCAACCAAAGGAAAAAGGAAACCCAGGCAGGAAGAAGAUGAAGACUAUCGAGAAUUUCCUCAGAAGAAGCAUAAACUUUAUGGGAGGGCAGGGAGGAAGCAACGACCUAAAACACAGCCAAACACACCCAAAUCCCAGGCUCGUCGUUCUCGGAAGGAACCACCCGCUUAUGCAGCAGGCAGUUUGGAGGAGCAAUGGUACUUAGAAAUCGUGGAUAAAGGCAGUGUUUCCUGUCCUACCUGUCAGGCUGUGGGGAGGAAAACCAUAGAGGGUUUAAAGAAACACAUGGAAAACUGCAGACAGGAAAUGUUUACUUGUCAUCAUUGUGGGAAACAAUUUCGUUCACUGGCAGGGAUGAAGUAUCACGUCAUGGCGAACCAUAAUAGCUUGCCCAUUUUGAAGGCCGGAGGUGAACUACAUGAGCCAAGUGAGAGGGAGCAGCUCCGAACAGUUCUAAAGAGACUGGGAAAGCUCAGGUGCAUGCGUGAGAGUUGCUCUAGUAGCUUUACCAGCAUCAUGGGAUAUCUGUACCAUGUCAGAAAAUGUGGCAAAGAGGCUGCAGAGCUGGAGAAAAUGACCCUGAAAUGUCAUCACUGUGGAAAGCCAUAUAGAUCGAAGGCUGGACUUGCCUAUCACCUGAGGUCAGAGCAUGGGCCUAUCUUCUUUCCAGAGUCAGGACAGACAGAGUGCUUAAAGGAGAUGAGUCUGGAGCCAAAGAGUGGGGGCCGAGUUCAGCGGCGUUCUGCGAAGAUUGCUGUAUACCACCUGCAGGAGCUGGCCACUGCUGAACUGGCCAAAGAAUGGCCUAAGAGGAAGGUACAUCAGGACCUGGUACCUGAUGAUCGCAAGUUGAAGUAUACUCGCCCUGGGUUACCUACGUUCAGCCAGGAAGUGCUGCACAAAUGGAAGGCAGAGGUCAAGAAGUACCACCGCAUUCAGUGUCCUAACAAGGGUUGUGAGGCUGUCUACAGUAGUGUAUCUGGCCUUAAAGCUCACCUGGGCUCUUGUCCUUUGGGAAACUUUGUGGCUGGCAAAUACAAGUGUCUUCUGUGUCAGAAAGAGUUUGUGUCGGAGAGCGGUGUCAAGUACCACAUCAAUUCUGUCCACGCUGAGGAUUGGUUCGUUGUAAACCCAACGACGACCAAAAGCUUUGAAAAGCUGAUGAAGAUUAAGCAGCGGCAGCAAGAAGAAGAAAAGCGGAGGCAGCAGAACAGGAGCAGAAGGACUCUGAGAAGGCGGCAGCAGCCUGGCAUUGAGCUUCCUGAGUCAGAGCUGAGUCUUAGAGUAGGGAAGGAUCAGAGGAAGAAUAAUGAGGAACUGGCAGUGUCGACCUCCUCUAAGGAACCAGAGCAGGAGCCAGUGACCGUACAUUUCCAGAAAGUAAGGCCCCCAAAGACUAAUCAUAAACGAGGAAGGAAAUAGGCAGGCAGUGAGAGAGCACUCCUAGGAGAGUGGCUGUGAUGCCGUUGUCACGGGAACCUGUGCUGGGGGGACUGAGUCAUGGGGCUGAGUGGAGAGAAGUCUACUCCUUCAGCUGUUUGUUUAAGGCUGUGACUUCCUCAGCUCCUUCCUCCUGUGUAAAUGUCCCUGUUUUCCCUCCUUAUUCACUUUCUCCCCUUUUCUGGCAGGUUUUCCUGCUGUUCCUCAUGGUGCCCUCUUGUUUUUCUGAUUCUUACCUUUUCCAAAGUUCUCCCUCUUAAGGCCAACUGUGGUCCCCUCUCGCCCUGUACAAGAUUAACAAACCUGUUUUCCUUCCUGGGGAGUAGAAUGUUCUUGGAAGCUUCAUUGAUUUAGUAGCCACUCCAUCACCUAGCUUAUAAAAACAAUUCCAAACUAAUUUUUUAAAUCAUAACUGAUUUAUCAUUUUGUAUUUGUGAUAUAAGAAGGCUAGAAGCUAGAACUGUUGUCACUUAUGUAAUAGGGUUGCCCUCUCUCCUUGGGAAACAGACUUUAUGGAGGCUGUUUGUCCUCUCAAUAUGAUUUUAGGAUUGAAAGUAAGAACAUGGAUUUAGGAUGAAAGAGCUAGAACCUCCCUUCUCUAUAUACUGGGAAAUGUUUUGUUUGUACUAAGUAGCAGUGACUAGACCCACAGGCAUGAAAAAGCAGGCUUUAGAGUAAUGUGUCCCAAACAUUAAAAUGACUGGAAAGAAAAAGUAGAAGCAGCAAUAAAUACUAUCCUAACUGGAGCUGGAGGCCACCUCGGUUGCUCUGAACUGUGCCAUCCAGAAGCUUGCUUCUGCUCCCUUGGUUUUAAUGAUUGAGAAUGUUUUGAUGUUUUGACACAGUAUCCUGCUCCUGGUUAUGCCACCAAGAUUGGCAGCCGAGGUCACUUUCCUUCUCCCCUGGACUUGACCUCCCUUGCUAGUCUACACUGCCUGAGUCCUCAUCCCUCCCUCUAGCCAUCCUCUUGUCUCUGAAUUUUCUGAGUGUUGCCCUUCCAUGGAGUUCUAUCCUUUCUAUAUCUUGAGACCUUGACACCAGAUGUAGAUAUUUGUCUGGAGCUGGAAAGAAAAAUUCAUUCUUAAUUCAUUCUUUAUCCCUACCUGGUCAUGUCAGAUGGACUGUUUCUCUUUGAGGCUGGCUUUCUCUAGAGCGUUGGCUCUGUUGUAGUGUUUCUGAUUCUCUUCCCCCUUUUUCAUAAAUAUUAGUCUUAUAUAUUCUUGCCUAUUUUUGUGGCAUAUGCUAUGUAGAAGUAAGUAAGGGACCCUUAACUCUGUUGUGGACAGGUAUCACCUUUUCAAAUUCUGAAAGGCUAUUUCAACUCUAACUCUCUGUUCUUCUCUGUGCUCCUCCAAUAGCUUUAAAGUGUGGGCUUUUUUGAAGACCACUUUCAUACAAGGGAGCUACAAAACCUGAUAUGGAUACUGCCAGUAUAGGUCGUUUUGAUUGAAACAAGUGGAGGAGAUGGCAUAUUCACACUGCAUUCUCAAAAAGGCAAUUGCAACCUUAAAGUCCUUUCAGUAGAUAAGGAUUGCCAGGGAAGAGAAAUGAAGAAGCUUUGUUAAUUUCUGGUAAGACUUGGGGAAUGUUUGGCAGUGACAAAAGAAAUAAAUGACUCUUGGUUAGAAUGA